AUGGCCUCCUCUUCCUCCUUGACCCAAGGUCAGGUCAGCGACCUCCAGCAAACAGGAGAAUUCUCUAUCAAGAGCGAGUCGGUAGCUCCCAAGCUCGAUACCUCACAAUGGCCCCUCCUCCUCAAAAACUACGACAAGCUCCUCGUCCGCUCCUCCCACUUCACUCCCAUCCCUACCGGCUGCUCCCCUCUCAAGCGCGAGCUCGCAACCUACGUCAAGUCCGGCGUGAUCAACCUGGACAAGCCGUCCAACCCCUCUUCGCACGAAGUCGUCGCUUGGCUCAAGCGGAUCCUCCGGGUCGAGAAGACCGGACACUCGGGAACGCUCGACCCCAAGGUCACCGGGUGCCUUAUCGUGUGUAUCGACCGGGCCACGCGACUGGUUAAAUCCCAGCAAGGCGCAGGGAAGGAGUACGUCGCGGUGGUGCGUUUCCACGAGUCAUUGGCGGAUGAGAAGGCGCUCUCGAGGGGAUUGGAGACCCUCACUGGAGCGCUCUUCCAGCGUCCCCCACUUAUCUCGGCGGUCAAGCGGCAAUUGCGUGUACGGACCAUCUACGAGAGCAAGCUCAUCGAGUUUGACAAUAAGCGGAAUCUGGCGGUGUUCUGGGUGAGCUGCGAGGCGGGGACGUAUAUCCGGACACUGUGUGUGCAUCUGGGAUUGCUGCUCGGUGUGGGUGCGCAUAUGCAGGAAUUGAGGAGAGUGCGGUCAGGGAUCACGGGGGAGAAUGACGAUAUCGUGUCGAUGCACGAUGUCCUCGAUGCUCAGUGGCUUUACGACAACACGCGUGAUGAAUCUUACCUCCGCCGAGUCAUCCGCCCCCUCGAAUCCCUCCUGACCAACUUCAAACGGAUCGUCGUCAAGGACUCGGCCGUCAAUGCCGUCUGCUACGGUGCCAAACUCAUGAUCCCCGGUCUCUUGCGGUACGAAUCCGACAUCGAGGUCUAUGAGGAGGUCGUCCUCAUGACGACCAAGGGCGAGGCGAUCGCCAUCGGGAUCGCCAUGAUGUCGACCGUCGACCUCGCGUCGUGCGACCACGGCGUCGUCGCCAAGGUCAAGCGGUGCAUCAUGAACCGGGAUCUCUACCCCCGUCGAUGGGGUCUCGGGCCCAAGGCGCAGGAGAAGAAGAAGAUGAUCAAGAAGGGAGAGCUGGAUAAGUUUGGGAAGGCGGUAGAGGGGGUUACGCCCAAGGCGUGGUCGGCGGACUAUGUCGAUUAUACGCCGGUGGGCGGGGAGGCGAGCCAGCCCUCGGGCAUGGUACAGACCCAGCCGCAAGCGACAUUGGUGGCAGGGGCGACACCGGUGAAGGCGGAGCGAAUGGAAGUGGAUGGGGACGACGAGGGCAAGAAGAGGAAGCGCGCGGAAGAUUCAGUGGUGGCUGCGACACCAGAUGCAGAGGGGGAGAAGAAGAAGAAGAAGAAGGUCAAGGCGGAGGACGGGACAGAAAAGGAGGAGACGGCAGAGGAGCGGGCCAAGCGGAAGGCAGACAAGGCAGCGAAGAAGGCGGCUAAGGCUGCGGCUGCAUGA